GUAUCCUGUUCGUAGCCAGGUAGCUGUGAAGAGGAUGCGAACCCAUCGUCCGAUAUUGCUUCUUGCUUUUGGUAUAGGGCUGAAAUUCUUCGGCAAAUGGCACACAUGGAGUCGGGGGCGAGCGGCUGCCAAGAAGGCGCGCUGCACCCCCUUGCGAGCAUGUACGAGGUUGCCCGAAAUGCCGCCUGCCGUUUGGUAGAUUGGAAGAAGACCCUUGGACCAAAGCAGCCCGGAGAAUCGGCGCGCAGUCCCAGACUGACGGCCGGUGGCAUGAAGCAAGAUCGACUUCGGACCAAGUGUCACGUGACGCAAACGUGACGAAAUUGCCAAUUUGCGCCCUCGGCCCGACCUCUUGGCUAGAAAUGACUCCCCCGAUGCUCGGUUUGAACAUCUCGCAAGCUGGCGUCGCUCGCAUAACUGUGACGGAAGGGAGAUCCAGAGCAGCUCCUGCUCUGCCCGCCGCCUGGCUGUUUGGCGACAGCAGAAGCCCGCGCAACUGCGUGGGUCCGCGCCACAGGUAGAGACGUUGAGCUUGGCAAUGAUUUGGUUGUCGUUCGGUCACGGGGCCUGGCGAGGUAGGAGCAGUGCCGAUGCGGCGAAUAGUCGUGCUUAGCUUCCUAGGCAC